UAUUACAAUUUGACUAAGCAUUGGUUUUUGUUGCGAAUCUUUUCUGAAUGAAUCCAAGAUAUUUGCUUUAUAGAAAUGAAUGAUCGAUGAUUCUAGCGAUUUUGAGUUGGUGCAUAAAGAAAGAAAGUUUCAUGGUUUUCAGUAAUCUGUUUGUUUUUUUUGGAUCAUGACAAAGGAACUUGAAUUGUAUGUGCAGAUUCGAACGGUUUGUGUAUUUUUUGAGAGCAUGAACUGAUAGAUCAGAAGGAGUAAUGAAUCCCAACGAGUUGGAAUCAGCUACAAUUGAUUCGUUCAUCAAAACUGUGAAUCAACUAUAUUCAAUUAUACAACUUCAAGAUGCUGAUGAAGGAGUUAAGGAGGAGCAUAUUCAGGAGCACAUGAUGCCAACCUCUAAGAGCAUUGAUGGUGAAAUUCGGGUGGAAAGGAGUUUAGACCCACCUAUGAUGCAACCAAACAGUGGUUUGAAUAGAACCAAAAGUGCGCCUCCUCUGAAUCUCCCUGACUCUGUGAAUCUGAUUCGCAAGCUACAGGGUGCUCUUCGCCGUUUGAAGCGUAAUCUAAAACAUAUGGAGAGCCUUCAGUCUGAAGUGGAAACAGAGUUGACUAUACAACUUAAUUCGCUUAAUGAGGUGGUUGAAGGUGUGAAACCCUCUGAUAUGAGUUCAACCAAUAAUGACUUGGAAGAUAUAACCAAGAAGUUAUUGGACUUGGUAAGCAAGGUCACCGUGUCACCUGAGAAGCAGAAAAGCAAGAAAGCCUCACCGUAUUAUUUGGAUGGCGAUGGGAGUAAAAACCGUAGACCCAUUGUUUGCUUGCCCGGCAUCCAUGCAAAUGAAGAAGACCUCAAAAGACUCGCCGUUUUUAGAUAUGUACAAGGCGAACUAGAUAAAGUUAGUGAUCAACAGAGGAUGUGCCUGCUUAGCUUCGCUGUGUUCCCGGAGAAUAAAGAGGUGAAUAGAACAAUGCUGAUGUAUUGGUGGAUCGGGGAGGGCAUUCUGAGUUCUCAACACAUACCAUCCGAAAAGGGCAUUCUCAAACCCGAGGAUGUUGUGAAGGACAUUCUUGAUGGUUUCACGGAGAAGAACUUGAUUCAACCUGUUGAAAACAAACGCAAAAUGGAGCCAAGUAGCUAUAAGAUGGCCCCUUUUGUGCAUGCUUCAGUGGUUCUUAUCUCCAAGGAGAUAGGGCUUUUUGAUAUGUAUGAUGAAAAGGAGAAGCCAACCAUGAAACAUUCAAGACUGAACAAGGUAUGCCUAGUGGAAGGGUCGUCAAGCCAGCCAGAAGCAAAAGCUAAAAAAAUGGACAGUCCUCAUCUGAUUGAAACCGUGUUCAAUGUUUCCGAGAGGUUCCCAGAAUUUACACGCAGGUGGUUCACACAAGCGAAGAAGCUCAGAGUUCUUUACCUAGGAAGGUGGGAGAGAACCGAGCGCGAGAUUGAAAUGGAUAGCCGUCGAGUUAUGAAAGAUUUGGGUUCCCUGACGAGUUUAAGGUUUUUGAGUUUUCAAGGUAUCUUAACCAUCAGAAGCCUUAGCCGUUCUGCUCUCAAGCUUAGGGAGCUGAUUAUCUUGGACCUCAGGGAUUGCUAUAACCUGGAGACACUUCCAGAUGACAUCCAUCAGCUCAAGAGUCUGGUCUAUUUGGAUUUGACUGGCUGCGAAGCCUUAGAGAGCAUUCCGAUGCAAUUGUCUUGGCUAGACAAUCUGGAGGUCCUCAAGGGCUUUGUGCUCGGUGAUGUUGAUACAUCGAUCAAAUGUAAACUGAGAGAUCUGGUGCACUUGAGGAAGCUGCAAAAUCUUAGUGUUGUCGUACACCAACAGGAUUAUGGUUUGCACGAGCUUGGAGUGGAUAUAAAUGAUUUUGAAAAGCUGGAAAAGCUGAAAGUGCGGUGGGGAAGCAUAGUUUCUGGAUUUUCCCAAAUAAAGAUGAAGCCAGUCAAAGAUGGUAUAGUCAGUAUCAUCGAACCCCCCAAGCUUUUUUCACUACUUGAACGUACAACUUAUGUGCGGGGUCAUAAAAAACGAGAGCCUCGUGUUCCCGGAAAUUUAAAGAAAUUGAACCUGCAGCGUUUUCCUAAUAGUGAACUACCGAGGUUCCUUCAGCCUCAUAACCUUCAACAUCUGGAAAAGCUCCACCUUGGAAGCUCGAGACUCCUCAAAAGUUUCGGGCCCUUACCAGUAAGUCGAACAGAAUGUCGUGUUAAAGUUUUACGUCUCACAUCGCUGCUAAAGCUAAAAGUGGAAUGGACAGAGCUAUCGCAACUCUAUUUCCCACAACUGGAAUUCUUGGAAAGCUCUGAGUGUCCCAGAGUUACAUUCUGCCCCUGUGACCGAGACGGAAUCUGGAGGAAAUUGUAGGCAUGAUACUCAACAACAACAACUCUUACUUAAAUUCUGUGUGUUUCCCAUUCCAUAUUUUUUCAGUUUGUAGUAUUAUUGUUCCUUCCUUUUUUGUUGGAUUAGUUGCUUUGGUUUCGCCAUUCCUAUGGUCGAUUGGAUUUCUUUUUCCUAUGAAACUAAAUUUCAAAUUUAUUUUCUAGUAAAGUUAUUGAAUAGGGUUGCCACA